AUGUUAAAGAUAGGCGGUGGCGCGGCGUUGCUCGCGGCCAUUGUAGCCGUCUUCGUAGUGGCCACCCAAGGCAGAGAUCCAGAUCUUGAGGCUUUGGAGCAAGAAGGUCGGGAGUACAUCAUGCACUUGGAUAAAAUGGCUGGCGUUAGAAAAAAUAGAGCUAGCCUCGCUGAAUGGGCAUAUACAUCCAAUAUAACUGAAGAAAAUGAAGAGAAAAGGAUACAAGUCCAACUGGAACUAUCAAAGCAAGAAAAGCAAGCUUGGGAGGAAACAAAGAUGUACAAAUGGCAAGACUUUCAAGACUUUUCCCUCCGUAGAAUGUUUAAGAAGUAUACUCAACUGGGCGUUUCGGCCUUACCUGAUGAUAAAUAUAAGUUAUUAAUGCAAUGUGUUUCUGGAAUGGAGUCUAACUACGCUACAUCGAAGAUCUGCGACUAUAAGAAUGCAACCAAAUGUGAUCUAGCGUUGGAACCAGAUAUAACAGAAAUAUUUACCAAGAGUCAAGACCCAGAUGAACUGAAGCACACGUGGGUGGAGUGGCACAAAGCGGCCGGCGCAAAAGCACGACAGAACUUCACGCAGUAUGUACAACUAGACAAUGAAGCGGCUAAGUUAAAUGGUUUCAAAGAUGUAGCCGAAUGGUGGCAGUCAGAAUAUGAAGUACCAGAUUUUGAGCAACAAUUAGCAAAGUUAUGGGAGGAUGUUAAGCCGCUUUACCAACAGUUACACGCGUAUGUGAGAAAACGUUUGCGAGACAAGUACGGUGAAGGCAUAGUCUCUGCGAGAGGGCCUAUUCCUGCGCAUUUGUUGGGUAACAUGUGGGCUCAAACAUGGACCAACAUAGAAUCAUUCACCCGACCAUAUCCUGAUAAGAAGGAGAUAGAUAUAACGAAAACAAUGAAGGAUCAAAACUACACGCCAUUAAAAAUGUUCCAAAUGUCAGACGAAUUCUUCAGAUCUCUCAAUUUGACGGCAAUGCCGGAAAAGUUCUGGAAGAAUUCCAUCAUUGAGAAGCCUACGGAUAGGGAAAUUGUUUGUCACGCGUCUGCUUGGGACUUUUACGAUGGAGAAGAUUUUAGGAUCAAACAGUGUUCGACAGUUGAUUACGAGUAUUUUCAAACAACGCACCACGAAAUGGGGCAUGUUCAAUACUUCUUGCAAUACAAAGAUCAGCCCGUUGUAUUCAGAGAUGGAGCGAAUCCAGUCAUACAUCAUGAGAUGGGUCAUAUACAAUAUUAUUUGCAGUAUAGACAUUUGCCUUUCGUUUUUCGGAAUGGAGCGAAUCCAGGUUUCCACGAGGCCGUGGGAGAUACGAUAGCUUUGUCGGUGUCAUCUCCUAAACAUUUGCGCAGAGUGGGGCUUAUUAGCGGCGAUGCGGAAGACGAACAGACUGAGAUAAAUCAGCUUUAUAAAAUGGGUAUAGAUAAGAUAGUAUUCCUGCCAUUCGCCUACACGCUGGAUCUGUUCCGCUACGGCGUGUUCCGAGGUAAUACCACGCCUGACGACUACAACUGCCACUAUUGGAGGCUCCGCGAUUCGCUACAAGGAGUGGAACCUCCCGUACCGAGGAGUGAAGAAGACUUUGAUGCGGCUGCUAAAUACCAUGUAUCUGCUGAUGUUGAAUACGCGAGAUACUACGUGUCGUUCAUAAUCCAGUUCCAGUUCCACCGCGCGCUGUGCCAGCUGGCGGGCGAGUACGCGCCCGGCGACGUCACGCGCAAGCUCGUCGACUGCGACAUAUACCAGAGCGUGCACGCGGGGAAUGCACUUGCGAACAUGCUCAAAAUGGGUUCUUCCAAGCCGUGGCCGGACGCGAUGGAGGCCCUGACGGGGCAGCGGGCGAUGCGCGCCGACGGCCUGCUCGAGUACUUCCGGCCGCUGCACGAGUGGCUGGAGGCGGAGAACCAACGGACCGGAGAGUUUAUCGGAUGGGAGCCUAGCAAGAUACAAUACUGCAGUGCGGAACAAAGAGCGGCGCUUGAGGCGGAAGGCGUGCGCGACUCUCGAGUGUCUAUCUCGGCUGGUGCAGUGCAUAGGACUACUUUGAUAAUGCUGAAGAUUUUCGUUGAGUUGGCCCUAGUUGGGGCUAUUGCCUCAGUCUUCAUAGUGGCAGCUCAAGGACGUGCAGCCGAAAGAGCUGCUGAAGAAGCAGCUGGUCGAGAAUACAUGCGGACUCUUGACGAAAUCACAUCUAAGGCUAAAAAUAAAAGGACUAUAGCGUCUUGGAACUAUGAGUCUAAUAUAACAGCUUACAAUGAGGAGAAACAGUUACAAGUUGCGCUCGAAGUAGCUGAAGAAGAAAAAGAAAAUUGGAAAGAAACAAUGACUUACCUCUGGCACGAAUUCGAAGAUCCUGAUCUUAGGAGAAUGUUUGAGAAGUAUUCGCGAUUGGGAACUUCUGCUUUACCAGAGGAUUUGAACCAGAGAUUAAUUCAAGCGAUCAAUAACAUGAAAACAACUUACGCCAAAGCAACUAUCUGUGAUUAUAAAGAUCGAUCAAAAUGUGACUUAUAUGUCGAACCAGAUGUAACCAACGUUUUUUCUACGAGCGAUGAUCCCGAAGAGCUUAAAUAUACGUGGUUAGAGUGGCACAAAGUAGCUGGUGCCGCGUCCAAAGGGAACUUUACCGAGUACGUCAAUAUGAACAACGAAGCUGCUAAAUUAAAUGGAUACGACAAUGUAGCAGAGUGGUGGAUAAGUGAAUACGAAGAAGAAGACAGUGAGGAUCAGUUUGCUGCACUGUGGGCUCAGAUCAAGCCUUUGUAUCAACAGAUACAUGCAUACGUAAGACGACACUUGAGGCUGAAAUAUGGAGAUGAUGUUGUAUCCGCUAAAGGGCCUAUACCAGCUCACUUAUUGGGUAAUAUUUGGGCACAAACUUGGAAUAAUGUGGAGAAGUUCACCAGACCAUACCCUGAAAAACCUGAAGUUGACGUUACAGCUGCACUCAUAGCCCAGAACUACACACCAUUAAAGAUUUUUAAGACAGCUGAAGAGUUUUUCAAGUCAUUAAAUUUAAGUGGAAUGCCUGAUACGUUUUGGGAAAACUCGAUUAUUGAAAAACCCAAUGAUGGUAGAGACAUGGUGUGUCACGCGUCUGCGUGGGAUUUCUUUGAUGGAGAGGAUUUCAGAAUUAAGCAAUGUACAACUAUCACGAAUGCAUUCUUUAAAACCACUCACCACGAGAUGGGUCAUAUCCAAUACUACUUGCAAUAUAAAGAUUUGCCUGUUAUUUAUAGAGCAGGAGCAAACCCAGGGUUCCAUGAAGCGGUCGGUGAUGUGAUGGCUCUAUCAGUAUCCACCCCUAAGCAUUUGAGAGUUUUGGGUUUGCUUGAAGAUGGACCAGAUGAUUUAGAAUCAAAUAUUAACCAAUUAUAUAAGAUGAUUUUAGACAAAAUAGUGUUCUUACCAUUCGCAUAUCUAUUAGACCUUUACCGUUACGGUGUGUUUCGUGGUACUACCACUGAAAGUGACUAUAAUUGUCAUUUCUGGAAAUUAAGAGAAGCUUUUCAAGGAGUAGAGCCUCCUGCACCUCGGAGUGAAGCUGAUUUUGAUCCUGCAGCUAAAUAUCAUGUAUCAGCUGAUGUAGAAUAUAUGAGAUAUUACAUCUCCUUUAUAAUCCAGUUCCAGUUCCAUCGAUCUUUGUGUCAAAUAGCAGGCGAGUAUUCUCCCGGGGACUCUAACAAGUUGCUCUCUAACUGCGAUAUUUACAGGAGCACGGCUGCUGGCAAUGCUUUUGGUAAAAUGUUACAACUCGGUUCGUCUAAGCCCUGGCCAGAUGCGAUGGAAGUGUUAACGGGUCAGCGUCGUAUGGACGCUAGCGGAGUGUUGGAGUACUUCGAGCCGCUGCACGAGUGGUUGAAGGCAGAGAAUGAACGUACCGGAGAAUAUAUCGGUUGGGAGCCUAGUACUGUUCAAUAUUGCACACCCGAGCAAAAGAGUGCUAUGGCGGAUUCAGAGUUUCUCAAAAGUUUAAAUAAACGUGUCGGUCAA